CGAUGCCUGGGAGAUGGGUACAUGAUACCGAAUGACGCAGAGGUGUUUGGGUUUCCAACGAAAUCUGUUUUCAAUAAGGAAAUGUGCCGCAUAGUGAUCAAAUGUGAGAAGGUCUCAAACUCUGUGAUAGAAAUUUGGUGCAAGAACCUUUAUGAAAAAAUGUUGGAGGAUGGAGGGGAAAUGCCUGUCCAGUUUGGUACAUCAGCUGCUAUACCACGUCCAAAGAGACCAUCUCAUGAUUCCAUCACAAGGAGGUCACAAUACGUAUCAGAUCUUUUGGGUGUCGGUUUACUUGGACAAAUCACUUUACUCCCGUACAAUUCAGG